AUGUAUCUCAAUCGCCUUCUGAUAUCCUCCCUUUUGGCUGUCCCAGCCCUCGCGGCACCCAGCGCCUCCACCAAGAAGGCUUGUGAUGAGAUCUCAAAGAACCUCCCUAAAAUCGUGUCUUUCCCCUAUACAAUCAACUUCAACUCUGAAACCACAGGCUACUGGUCCACAGCCCUACGCGAGAUCAAGCCUGCUUGUGUAAUCACUGCCAAGUCAGCGUCUGAUGUUUCCACCGCCGUUACAAUACUCCAGAAGUACCCCGAUGUCAAGUUCGCUGCCAAGAGCGGUGGUCAUGAUCCAAACCCCACCCAUGCCACAGCCGGUGAUGGAGUCCUUAUCUCUUUGAGCGAGAUGGUCGGUGCAGUUUAUGAUGCUGAGAAAAAGGUUGCGUAUGUCAAGCCUGGUGGAGAGUGGAACGAUGUCAUUUCCACACUUGACAAAGAUGGCGUUGCUAUUGUUGGAGGUCGUCUAGGCUUGGUCGGAGUUGGUGGUCUUCUUACCCAAGGAGGCAUUUCAUUCUUGAGUGCUCAGUACGGUUUGGCGGCUGAUAACGUUGUUGCUUGGGAAAUGGUCAACCACAACGGAACAAUUAUUAACAUCGAUGCCGAGAAGCAACCCGAACUUGCUGUAGCAUUGAGGGGAAGUGGCAGUCAGUUUGGAAUUGUCACACAAUUUACCGUCAAGGCCUAUCCAAUUGGAAAGGUUUGGGGUGGAAUUCGCACGUAUGAUGAUUCAAAGACCGAUGAACUUUAUGAAGCCAUGCACAGGUUCAUUCCAUACAGCAAUGAAAAUCCCAAGGCCGCCAUCAUCACCACCAGUCUGAUCCUCACUGGCGGUAGCAGGACCAACCUGAUGUUCUAUUUCUAUGACGGCGAGAAGCCCCCGACCACUGGUCCUUUUGCCGACUUCCUAAAGAUCAAGUCUACCCUUUCAACCACCAAGACCCAGUCAUAUCCUGAACUGCUCAAAUCCAAUGGAGCUGGAGUUUCUCUGUUGAACUCAAGAAUCUCUUUUAGAACUGCCACUAUUCCUUACUUCCCCAAGGACUCGACCGUCUAUGCCCAAAUCACUGACAAGAUGCACCAAAUUACAUCAGACUACUUCAAGCGUCUCCGAGGUCUUGCCUCUCAAUGUUCGGUCGACUUCCAGCCCUUGCCCGCCGCCAUCGGUAAACAUACCGAGGAGCGAGGCGGAAACGCCAUUGGCUUCACUGCAAACGACCCUGAUCGCGUUCUUCUCGAGAUUCAAUGUGCUUGGGUUGAGAAGAGGUUUGAUGACAUGGUUCAUCAGUUUUCAAAGGAUUUGACGGCCUGGAUUGAGGAAAAGGUACCUGAGUGGCUGGUGGAACAGGGAGAGCCUGCCGAUGUUUACCUUCCUCUGUUCAUGAACGAUGCAAUGUCGGAUCAGAAUGUCACGGGUACUUACAAGGAUUAUGCCAAGUUCAAGGCACUUCAGCUUGAGGCUGAUCCUGAAGGUGUUUUGAGAGAGAGGAUGGGUGGUUUUAAGUACUGA